AUGGGUGACGCUUGUCAAGCCUGUCUUACACGAAUUCCCCAUGCCACCCUUAUAGCUACUAUUAUGUGCUGUUUGGGCGUGGGGGUUUUUUGUGGUACUAUGUAUCGGGGUUCUGCUCUAUCAAUACUUAUGUUCGAUGAAGUGUUCCACUUUAGGCUCAUAUGGAUCGAAGCUUUGCAAAUGAUUUUUAUUGUGGGCAGCGCAUGUAUGGCUGCACUCGGCUUUAUGCUGUUGUGCUUGGGAUGCUUAACAACAGGUGCAACUAGACAAAAAGUAUACAGAGCAUGGAGGGCUCGUGUCGGAGGAAGAAUAUCAUGUGCUGUCUUCAUGAUAAUAACAUAUAUUCUGACUUUCGUCUGGAUUGUAUUGUUAGGUUUUCUAGUUAUAACGACGUUUUUAUUCACCAUUUUUUGGAAAUUAUGUUCUAAACCAAAAAAUAUUGAUCUUUCAACGUGUAUCGAUUUCACUCAAUUUGAUUUUAUGUUUCCAUCUAGCGUUAAGCAAGAAGAUAUGAGGAUUUGUGAGGCUCACAAAAUAAAGCUAUUUUGUAAAGAUUAUGUUGAAAAGGCAGAAUUUAUGUUUAUUCUUGCGAUGGUGUCAUGCAUUCUCGUUAUUUUGAGCUUAGUUCAUUAUUUGAUGUGCCUGUCUGCAAAUUAUGCACACAUAAGAGAUCAUGAGAAAUUCCAAGAGUUACAAGAACUACAGUAUCUGACUAACCCUGAUUUACAUGCCUCAAAGGACCGUUUCUAG